AUGGUUGGCCGCGACCUACCACCAUGCACUGGGCCUAAGCUAGGGCCCUUCGUAAUUGAGGGCCAAGACCAAGACAUCAUUUUCAAAAAACACCUCGGUAGCGCUGUGCAUUCUCACGUUUUCGAGGUCAUCAUCAACGGCUCAACGUACGCGCUGAAGAUGUUUAAAUUUUUGGAUCCCCGAAUUCUACAUCCAUACACAGGUAGUGAGCUAGCGCCAAUAAAUUUGAAAACCAUAGCACACCAUAAGGAUCCAUUUUACAGUGAAUGCCGCGCGUUUGGCCGCUUAAAAGAAACCGGCCGGGAGGAUUUGGCUGUUCAUUGCUAUGGUUAUAUCAUAACCAAUAGCAAACAUGAAGAGGAUGUCUGUCGCCAGUUUCGAAUUUCAAAUUGGGACCGGAGCGAGCAAGAUGAAGGAAAACCGGUUCGCGCUAUCGUCAAGGAGCUCGUCCGGUCUGAGCAGAUGUAUGUUCCGAAAAUGGUACCCAGAAUGAUGCGAGAACUUCGAGACUUGAAUGGUCUCGGGAUACAAGUCUGGGAUGUGAAGGACGACAUGUAUCUUGGAGGAGUCCUUAUUGACUUGAGUCAGGCGCGAACUGUCCCCCAUAUCCAACUCGAUCUCGAGGCGGGGAUAUGGAAGAGAGAUCGCAUAUUAGGAGAAGGCAAUUAUGACUACGAAUGCUUUGAUGCAUACAUAAUCGACGAAUGGAAUGACCACCAUGAUGAGCAUAUUUGGGAUCGAUUUGAGCCGAAUAGUACUUUUCGAAGCCGACUGAGGAGCUCUGCUAAAGGCCCCCCAAAGCAAACAAAUCUCCCCUUUGCGGCUUUGUACGAUUGGAAAAGGGAGUCCAGGAAGCGAAAAGCGAAGCCUGAGGUGGCCAACCCAACCACAAAAGCUCGCAGAAUAGUAAAGACGAAAAGGAGAAAGAAAAGUUGA